AUGUCUAGGCAUACGUGGUCAGCUCCCGUGACUGUGCUCCCUCCUCCGCAAGACGGCCUUCACGCUGCUGCUGCUGCCGCCGUGGAGAAAGGCAGCGGAGGGCUUCUUUCUAGAGAGGCUGAGCAGAGGGCUCAGGACGUCGAGAUUCCUACCAGCAGCGAGACGAGACGCGGCAGCAAGAGUGAAGAGGAACUCCAACGGCCCGCUGCUGCUGCUGCUGCUGCGGGUGCAACACGAGGCAUUGCAGGCACCUCGCUCGGCUGCUGCUAUUGCGGGCUGCGUCUGGCAGGCCUGCAGUGCGAGUGGACAGUCCCCUUCAACCCUCUCAAGUGCCUAAACGAACAAAUUGCGCUUCACUGCUCCGACGCUCGAAGCACCCGUGGCAGCAAGGGGGGCGGGAACGUGGCACGCAACUCUCGGGUAGAUAUUCUGCAACUGCGAGCCAUGGAGGUUCAAGGCGUCCGUUUCCUUGUUUUUUCUGCUCCGUUUGCUCUGACAAGCUGCCUAUAUGGCAGCAGCGCGUUCGGUGGGAGCUGCUGCUGCCGCUGCAGCGUGCAAGGACAGAAGGGCAUCCCUGCUGCACUCGCUGAGGCUCCUCGACUGGUAGUGAGAAACGAACUUCGAGUUUCUCUCUUCUUCAAGCAAAAAGGGUAUUGCCUUUUCACUCAAGUGCCUCCAUGCUCGCAGCAGCCCAUCGCGCUGGACGCGCCGUGGGGGGAGCGUAUUCUCCGCGUCGCUGCACGCCGCUGGCUUCAACAGCAACAGGAGCAACAGCAGCAACAAGGGCACCUGCAGGAGGCUGACAUUGAGCCUUUGCAGCUGCUGGAUGUCUCGUUGACAACAGCAGGAGACAUCUCCUUCUUUUUCCUUGUGGCGAUUCUGCCGCCGGCAAAAAUGCAAAAGCAGCAAAAGCAGCAGCAGCAGCAAGAUACAGAGGUUGCAGAGAUUACAGGCAGCACGGGGUGGCCUGUGCGUGGUGUGUCUGCAAGGAAGGCUCCUUGUUCACACGAUUUGACAGCCAGUGUGGUGGUGCAACGAACUGCUGCUUCUGCCACAACUGCGGCUUUAGAGGAGAAUGCGCGCUUUUACACCGCGUAUGGCGGCAGCUCAGUCUGGUCGUUAGUUCAGACCGUAGGAACUGCAGGGGCAGCCUCCUUGCUGCACCGAACGCGCUGGCUUCGUCUGUGCCGCUACUCGUGCAGCCUUUCGAUUCGCAUGUACGGCCCGACAGUGUCUCUCCACUUCAGGGGGGAGCUGCAGCAGCUUCGUCCGCCCAGUGUACGCCCUAGUCGAGCAGCAGCAGCAGAAGGCACCCCCAGAAGGGGGCUUGUGGGGGCUUCCUUUUCUGUGUACAUCCACCGCAUAGUGUUUUCUGUGGUUCCCGCCUCGAGCAGCUCGGGCAGCAACAGCAGAAGUGUGGCAGAAGCUGCAGCACUGGCAGCAGCAACAGCAGCGGCGACGCGCAGGGACUCCCUACGCAAUAGCCGGCGACGAAGCAGCAGCACAGCCGUCGAAGAUUUGCAGCAGCAGCAACAGCCGCUGCGUCUGUUCCUUACAGGAGCCACCUGCAAUGUCUACUUCGUUGAGAACAGCAUCGGUAAGGCCCCUGGGAGCGCGGGGAAAGAGCCAACCAAACGUGCUCUUUUUGGGGGGUUGGCGGUACUGCGAGGGCCACUUAGGCCUCGCGCUGCUCCUUCCCACAGACUGCUCUUUACCCUAGACAGAAUAGAUCUGUUUGCAUAUGACGCGGCUGGCGGCAAGGCCUAUCACGUCUUCAAGUCGUCUGCAGCGGCGGCUGUCGGGGUUGCGGGAAGGACGCCUGCUGCCAGUGCGGCAGAUGACACGCCGCUGUCCCUCCGUUAUGCUGGAGCGUCUUCGAGCAUUUCUCAAGACGACCCCAUUGACUUUCCUCCCGCUGCAGUGUACGUACUCAUUGAUCUUGCGGCAUCUGAAAGGCGGCAGUGGCUCAGCAGCCUCAGGAAACGCGGCGCGUCCUGCAGCAGCAGCUGCAGCUGCAGCUGCUGCUGUGAGACGGGCAGCAUAUGUACUAGAAGCAGAAAAAGGGCGAUCAGUACGGCCUUUUGCGAAGAACGGAAACAGUGGCAUGCGUUGGGGUCUCGUGUUUACCGCGUGCGCCAGGCGGUUCUCUCAGUGAGCCCCCUGGUGGCCUCCAUAGACUUUUCCUUUUUGUCUCUUUUGCUGCCCCCCGUCAUCUCCUCCUUCUCUCUGGCAUGCUGCACGCCGCUCGCCUGUCCGCCUUCUCUGGCGGCAGCAGCGGCAGCACAACAACACGCAACAUUUAGCGCUGAUGGAGGAGUCAGAGAGGCAACAGAAGCGGCAGCAGGGCAGGUGCUGGCGCGUUUGCUGCGCUUAAGCGUCCCUUGGAGCACCUCCGACGAGGGUGGUGGCGGCUUCCAGGAGAGCAUGCAGGUGUAUGUGGAGCUGCUAUGGGUGCAGGAAGCAUCAGCGCAUUUGUCUGUUAGUCGCCUCUUUAGAGUUCUUUCUCUUGAGGGAGCGGCCUUUUCAUUCCCAUCCUUCAGCAUUCAGGAGCGGCAGAUGCCGCUGCGCGUCGUUGGGCUAAUGCUGCUGCAGCACUUCCAGCAGCAGCUGCAGCAGCAGUGGCUGCAGAUGCUCCUUUCAGUAGACAUUGUAGGCCGUCCCAUUUCAAGACUACGGAAGCUGUGGAAUGCCGGCUUCCGCUGGCUGCUGCGUUCCGCGCCGCUGGAUCCUGCAGCCUCCUUAGCCGCAUUGGAUCUCCUCGUGCUGCCGUGGAGUGCAGUGUCUCUGCAGCGACUCUUUGUUCUUCUCUACCAAACUGCAGCCUUCCAUGUGACCCGCCUGCGGGGCCCCCCAGCCCAACAAGUUGCGCACCUCGUCCCUAGACUCCUCCCUCCCCCCCCUCCACCUCCGCCAGCUGAUCUCGUAGGGAGUCUCGAAAUUGCCACCCUGCAAUCCACCGAGGAGCAGCAGCGCCUCAGGGGGAGUAACAGACCGCCUUUGGGAGCUCCUGGUAUAGAGGAUCAGGAGGAACACAGAAGAAGAGAGGUCCUCCCUUUUUCACUCCUUCAGGCGUCCGGUGGAGGAUCAGGAAGCCUGCCAUUGCCACCCUCGCCGGCUGUCUCCGAAAUUUCAUCUGCUGCUUUCUCGUCGGGCUUCUCGCUUCCCCGAGCCAUGCUGCCGCAUACUCCGCUCGAGCUUAGUCGGGAGUCCUCCUCCAAGGACGCAGGGCCAGCAGCACCAACAACAGGCGACACUUCUGGGUUGGCAAAGCAGGAGAACCUGCCAGGUUACCUACAAGAAGACCACCCUUCUUUGGGUGGCCCCUCCCAUCCAGAGGCAUACUUCGUAUCCGGGGGCCUCUAUCCUGUUGUUGCGCAGCUUCCGGAGGACCUUUUUUCUUGA